AUGUUUUCAGACGAGCAUGUCUCGCAUACGCCCACCGCGGCUGCCAUCCAGAGCGCAGAACCUGUUCGCGUCGCCGAUCCCGAGUCGAAAUCGACCAAGUUUUUAGGCAAGACGGAUGUCUCUGAGAAGAACUCGCUGUAUAACCGAGCGCUUUCGGUUGGGAGCGGCUCGAUGAAGUCGUCGCAUGACCAUACCCAUCGCAAGCUUAAGCCUCGUCAUGUACAAUUGAUCGGCAUUGGAGGGACAAUCGGCACGGCGCUGUACGUUCAAAUUGGUUCCAAUUUGCGUACUGCGGGUCCUGCCAGUUUGUUCAUUGGAUUUAGUCUAUGGAGCUGCGUGAUUCUCAUUAUCACCGUGUGCCUGGCUGAAAUGGUCACAUACCUCCCCAUCUCCUCGCCCUUCAUCCGCUUCGCCGGUCGCUAUGUCGACGAGGCCUUGGGCGUCGCAGCCGGAUACAACUUUUUCAUUUUCGAAGCUGCCCUGGUCCCAUUCGAGAUCGUUGCUGUCAGUCUGAUCGUCCGAUACUGGACAGAUAUCAUCCCUGUGGCUGCAAUGAACGUCAUCGUUCUAGUCCUCUACGGAGCUCUAAACCUCUUCGCAGUCAAAUGGUACGGCGAAGCCGAGUUCUGGCUCUCCCUCGGCAAAGUCCUCCUCAGCAUAGGUCUGAUCUUCUACACUUUCAUCGUCAUGCUAGGCGGCAACCCCCUCGGCGAUCGCUUCGGCUUCAGAUAUUGGAACGAGCCAGGCGCCUUCGCCGAGUACUACUCAACAGGCGAUACUGGCCGGUUCCUGGGCGUUCUGUCCGCGCUCAUUGCCGCCAGUUUCACCAUCGCCGGUCCGGACUAUGUCUCCAUGGCUGCGGGUGAGACUAUCAACCCUCGCAAAGUUCUGCCCAAGGCCUUCAAUGGUGUUUUCUAUCGUCUGACUGCCUUCUUCGUGCUGGGUGUGCUGUGUAUUGGUAUCCUCGUGCCGUACAAUGAUAAGACUAUGGCUGAGGCUUUUGAUAAUGAUCAGCCUGGGGCUGCGGCUUCGCCGUAUGUCAUUUCGAUGGAUCGCUUGAAGAUUCCCGUUUUGCCAGAUAUUGUUAAUGCUGUCGUUCUUACGGCUUCGUUCAGUGCCGGUAAUAGCUAUAUGUACUGUGCCAGUCGCAGUCUUUAUGGUCUGGCGCUCGAAGGCAAGGCUCCCAAGUUCCUGACCAGGUGUACGAGUCGUGGUGUGCCUGUCUACUGUGUUGGCAUUGUUCUUGUCAUUGCCCUGCUCAGUUUCUUGCAGGUUUCUAACAGUGCUGCUGUUGUGCUGAAUUGGUUUGUUAAUCUGGUAACUGCCUCCCAACUUAUCAACUUUUCCGUCGUGACUUUCACCUAUAUUCGCUUCAAGAAAGCCCUCGAAGCACAGGGCAUCGAGAGAUCCUCCUUACCCUAUCAAAGUUGGUGGCAGCCCUACAUCGCCUACAUCGCCUGCACCUGUACAACAAUCAUGGCCUUUGUGGGCGGCUACACGGUCUUCUUGCCGGGAAACUGGUCCAUCCCGACAUUCCUCUUCUCUUAUACCAUGAUCGGCGUCUUUCCCGUUCUAUACUUUGGAUGGAAGUUCUUCCACAAGACCAAGUUCCUCAAGCCUGAAGAAGUUGAUUUGUUGAGUGGUGUUGUGGAAAUCGAGGAGUACACUAGGGAUUUCGUUACUGAGCCGCCGAAGACUGUCAUUCACAAGUGGGUGUACAAGAUCUUUGAAUGA